UUCUGCAUUAAAGUAGCUGCUGUAAAAUCACGACUGUGGCUGCACCGGUCUCUGAUUCGGACAAUAGUGAAUAUCUGUCCCUACAAGCUGAGGGAAGCAAACCUUUGAAAGGCUACCUGGGGAUCACAGCUCAAUUCUGACAUGCUGUUUCAUUUGGCGAGUGAUGCAUGCUGCAAACAGAGUGUGCGUGUAGUGUGAACAAGACCUGCUGGUGCAUGUGUAACCCUGUGAGUAAGAGUGUGCGUAAGGAGAGAGAGAGACUGGGACUGAGACCCUAACACGGAGCAUGCCUCUGCGUCCGGCAGCCGGCAAACAUGAGCCACCCCGCUCUUCACGGCAGGACCAGCAGCAGCAACAGCACGCAUACACACACUCACACACGCACCCCUACACACACGCAGCCAACGGCAGCCAGGGGGGCAGCACUGACAGCAGCAGCUCCCGGGAAGAGGAGAGCGGCGUACCCGUUCCUGACGCUGUUCUGGCUUUCAGUCCCGGUGGAGAGCACAGCAACAGUGCAGGAGCACCCAUGGAGGAGCCAACAGGCAACACUGUGGUCAUCCGCAUUGGAAUCCCAGACCUACAACAGACGAAAUGUUUGAAAUUCAAUGUGGAUGCACCUAUCUGGUUGUCCAAGCAACGAAUCCUGUGUACCCUCAACCAGAGCCUGAAGGAUGUACUCAACUAUGGCCUAUUCCAACCAGCUUACAAUGGCAGGGCUGGCAAGUUUCUGGAUGAGGAGAGACAGCUUAGGGAAUAUCCUUUCCCAUCCUUUGCCCCUGUCCCUUAUCUGGAGUUCCGCUAUAAAAGACGUAUCUACACUCAGACCUACAUAGAUGAAAAGCAGUUAUCCAAGCUCCACACUAAGGCAAACUUGAAGAAGUUUAUGGAAUAUGUGCAGCAGAGGAACACUGAAAAGCUCUCAAGAUUCCUGGAAAAGGGCCUGGAUCCUAACUUCCAUGAUCCAGAUACAGGAGAAUGCCCACUAUCGCUGGCAGCACAGUUGGAGGGAUGUACCGAGCUCAUCAAAGUGCUUAAAAAUGGAGGGGCACAUCUGGACUUCCGAACAAAGGAUGGCAUUACGGCCUUACACAAGGCUGUGCGCAGCAAGAAUCACACCGCCCUUAUAACACUGUUGGACUUGGGUGCUUCACCUGACUAUAAAGACAGCAGGGGUCUCACUCCUCUCUACCACAGUGCAAUGGUUGGGGGAGACCCCUACUGCUGUGAACUGCUGCUGCAUGACCACGCACAGGUCGGCUGUGAGGAUGAGAACGGCUGGCAGGAGAUACACCAGGCAUGUCGCUACGGCCACGUCCAGCAUUUGGAACAUCUGCUGUUCUAUGGAGCUGACAUGAGUGCCCAGAAUGCAUCUGGAAACACCGCCCUGCAUGUGUGUGCUCUGUACAACCAGGAUAGCUGUGCACGUGUUCUACUAUUCCGGGGAGCCAAUAAAGAGAUAAAAAACUACAACAGCCAGACAGCAUUUCAGGUUGCUAUUAUAGCUGGAAACUUUGAUCUGGCAGAAAUCAUUAAGGUUCACAAAGCAUCGGAUGUUGUGCCUUUUAGGGAGACCCCCUCCUACACCAACCGUCGCCGUGUUGUGAUAGGCACCCUGCCCUCACCCCGUUCCUUGCUGCGCUCUGCGAGUGACAAUAACCUGAAUGGUGACCAUGAUCACAUCCACCCUCAGCGCCCUCGAGAAUCCCGUGGCCGCCCGGGUCACUCCCCUGUUCCUUCACUGCGCAGUCUCCCAGCUUUUGGGCAACAGCACAGCAGCCUCGGAGAAAGUCGUCACGGAGAAAUCCCUGACAGCAGUCUCCAGAGCACCGGCAGCUCUAGAUCCUCCCAUUCCCGCUCACCAUCUUUACAUCACAUGCAUGAGGAGGACAAGCCAGUCCCCAGACGUUCCCACAGCCAUGGCUAUCCUCAUGGACAUGGACGUGGAAGACUCAGCCCUGGCUCAGUGCAGCGAGACCCAAGCCCACCACAUCACACCCCUCCUGCACUGACAGGCCCUCGUGGGCCCAAACGGAAACUCUACAGUGCUGUCCCAGGACGUACCUUCAUUGUGGUCAAACCCUACUCCCCACAGGGGGAGGGAGAGAUCCAGCUCAACCGUGGAGAACGAGUCAAAGACUUUGACUGUAAUGACGUAGAAGUACUAAGUAUAGGUGAAGGAGGUUUCUGGGAAGGCACCGUCAAAGGAAGAACAGGCUGGUUUCCAGCAGAUUGUGUGGAAGAAGUUCAAAUGCGACAGUAUGACCCAAGAUUAGAGACCCGGGAGGACCGCAAUAAGAGACUGUUUAGACACUACACUGUGGGAUCUUAUGACAACUUCACCUCAUACAGUGACUACAUUGUGGAGGAGAAGAAUGCUGUUUUACAAAAGAAAGAAAAUGAGGGGUUCGGUUUUGUCUUGCGAGGAGCCAAAGCGGAGACUCCCAUUGAAGAAUUCACCCCUACCCCAGCAUUCCCUGCCCUGCAGUACUUGGAGUCUGUGGAUGUGGAGGGGGUGGCCUGGAGGGCUGGUCUCAGGACAGGGGACUUUCUUAUUGAGGUGAAUGGGGUGAAUGUAGUGAAAGUGGGCCAUAAACAGGUGGUGUCCUUGAUCCGACAAGGGGGCAGCAGACUCUUAAUGAAAGUUGUUUCUGUCACUCGAAAACCAGAGUCAGAAGAAGUAGUUCGGAAGAAAGCUCCCCCGCCACCUAAGAGAGCUCCCAGCACCACCCUGACUCUGCGCUCUAAGUCCAUGACUGCCGAGCUGGAGGAACUGGCUUCUGCUCGGAGAAGACGAGGAGAAAGACUAGAUGAGAUGUUGGCAUCGCAGGAGUCUAUGUUGCAUUCUCAGCCCCCGGAGGCAGAUUACAGAGCAGCCACUGUCAAACAACGGCCUACCAGCAGGAGAAUAACACCAGCAGAGAUCAGUUCCCUGUUUGAGAGACAAGGGAUGACACUACAUGGAGGUCUGCACCCGGGGAUCGAGAGAGGUCAUAUUCCACUCACUAGAGGCAUGUCCAGGACCAAGUCUUUUGGUGCAACAGAAGAGGAUAGGCUGUCUGCACUUGUAGGCGAACACAGAUUUCCACGCAGUUCCUCUAUGACAGACAGUCUCAGAGAACACUCACAGCCCCAUCCUAUUCCCCCACCUCCUCAGACGGCACCACCUCCUCCCCCUUACUACUUUGACACUGGUCCUCCUCCAGCUUUUUGCCCUCCUCCACCCCCAUCCAGGACUCAGAGUCAAGGCCAUGAGCCCGGAGGCCGUUCCAGCUUCAAGCCAUCCUCUUUGGACCUGCCUUAUGAAGCUGCUCAGCGGCAAGCCACACACCUCGAAAGACAAAAGAAAGCUCGCUCAAUGAUCAUCCUGCAGGACUCCUCCCAUCUACCUGUCGAACCUACAGAAAUUCCCCGUCCCUCUGCUGCUACACCACCAGAACGAAUCAAAAGAAAGGGAAGGGUAAUUGACAACCCUUACGCAAAUGUGGGUCAGUUUAGCAUUGGAUUGUUCACACCCACAAAGCCCCAAAGAAAGAAAAGUCCUUUGGUGAAACAGCUACAGGUAGAAGAUGCACAAGAAAAGGCUAGUUUGGCCUUAGCUGCUGCCCAUUCACGAGAGAGCUCACCCUCAGGACGACACCCACGUGGGCACACCCACACCAGCCGUGUUGACUACUACCAGCAGCAGCUGAUGGCCGAACGAGACCGAUUGCGAGCCCAAGGAGAGAUGAUAUUUCAGGGUAAAGGCCCCUUUGCUGCUGCAAUUGCUGGAGCAGUAAAAGAUCGUGAGCGUCGACUAGAAGAACGGAGGAAAUCCACUGUCUUCCUUUCUGUUGGGACCAUGGAGGGGUCCCCCACAACAAGCCCUGAUGCCCCCUCUUUGACUCAGUCUCACUCAAUUGACGAACGGCUGUUAUCCCGAGAGCUGGGACAGCUUCCUCCCCCUGCCUUGGCUCUGAGCCCCUCACCAAGUGGGACCACCUUUAUCCAUCCACUUACAGGAAAGCCUCUGGACCCAAAUUCACCACUGGCUCUUGCGCUGGCCGCAAGGGAGAGGGCACUAACCUCUCAGAGUCAGUCCCCAACUGGAAGCCCAGAGCCAAGGACUAAACAAGAACGCAUAGGCCAGAUGGUAAUGUUCUCUGACACUCAGACCAAAGAGUCUCCACAUGGGGAUGUGGCAGCUGCAUCUCCCCCUUUUUCACCCAAAAGCGCCAAGGCAGCAGGGUAUGGUGCGUCAUCCUCCCCAGCUAAUAUUUUAGCUCCUCAACCCACCAAAUCCCAGUGGUCUACAUCAUCAUCACCUAUAUCAUUCCGUCAAGAGAUGGAAGCUAGAAUUGAGGAGAGAAAGGAGGAAAAGAGACUAGAGGAUAAGAAAAGUAUGUUGAUCAGUAUUAUGGAUACAUCACAGCAGAAGACAGCAGGGCUGAUCAUGGUUCAUGCAACCAGUAAUGGUCAGGCUGUUGGUGUGGGGUCAGGGAUUGAGCAGACCCCUGUGCUUACAACCACAGAGCCCAGCAAAUCACAGAUUGCCCGGGCUAAAUCCCCCACUCCCACUGUGCCCCAGGCCCAAACUCAGCUCCAGGUUCAGCCUCAAACUCAACGUCCUGCCAGUCCCGCUCAAGAGAAGAGCUUGGCUCAGGGAAGCUCUGAAGAGGAUGUAGAUGCUUACACCGUCACUUUACCACCUGCUAUGUUAUCUUCUAGUGAUGAGGAAACAAGGGAGGAGCUACGUAAGAUUGGGGUGGUUCCUCCUCCAGAUGAGUUUUCAAAUGGAUUGCUGGCUCAGGCACAGGGGACAGUUGUAUCACCUGCUAAACCUCCCCCAUCUCCUGUCCUACCAGCAGCACUAAUACCCCAAACACCCUCAACCCCAACAACUCCAACUGUGACAACCACCCAGCCUCAGCCUCCCCAGCCACCACCUCCACCCAGUGCAGCAGCUGUCUCAGGGAAAACUACUGACCCUCUGGAGCCCCCACCAGUGGGCGAGGCUGGUUCUGCAGCUGACUCAGGUGUGGAGGAGGCUGACACACGCAGCUCUAGUGACAGAGAGAGAGACCAUCAUCUUGAGACCACCAGCACCGUCUCCACAGUUUCCAGCAUGUCUACAUUGUCCUCAGAAAGUGGCGAGCCUGCUGACACACACACUACGCACACCUCCUAUGCUGACGGGCAGACUUUUGUUCUUGACAAACCGCCAGUGCCUCCUAAGCCUCGACUCAAGUCCCAAAUAGGAGGGGCUAAAGGCCCUGUCACCUUCAGGGACCCUUUGCUGAAGCAGAGCUCUGACAGUGAGCUGCUUUCCCAGCAACAGGCUGCUGCAUUGGCUGCUGCAGCAGCUGGUGGGGCUGGGCUUCCUGCAGGGGGUUCUGCCUCAGUGACUGGUCUAGCUCCCACCAAGCCACGCUAUCUCUUCCAAAGGAGGUCCAAGUUGUGGGGAGAUCUUGUAGACACCCGAGGACCAGGGAUAGGGCUAGGUAUUGGUAGUUUGGGAAAUCUUGGUGGGUUAGGACUUGGGCUAGGCUCAGAUGAGGGUGCUAAGCCAACAGUUAUGGGAGAGCUCAGUUCACGUCUACAACAGUUAAGUAAAGACACUAGGUCACUGGGUGAGGAGCCGCUUGGAGCGUCCCUUGACCCUGGGAGGAAGUCACCUGUGGCAGGUGCAAGACUUUUUAGCAGCCUAGGUGAGCUACACACCCUUUCCCAGAGAAGCUAUGGAACCACAUAUACCAUCCGCCCCGGAAGCCGUUACCCCGUCAGCAGACGCACCCCAAGCCCAGGCUCAGGCUCACCUGACCGAGGUGACCCUCUGGGACGCUUUUCAGGCUUUGGCCUGGCAGCUUCUCCAACUACCCCACCACAAACUAUUCUCAAGUCCUCUAGCCUCAGCUUACCCCAGGAGCCUAAAGAGGUCCGCUUUGUGAUGAGGAGCUCCAGUGCCCGUUCUCGCUCUCCAUCGCCUUCCCAUUCACCUGGAUUAGGUUCACCACUUUUAGCACUUCGACCUUUUCACCAAAAGCCCCUCCACCUUUGGAACAAGUACGACGUCGGAGACUGGCUCGAGAGCAUCAACUUGGGAGAGCACAGAGCAGGUUUUCAGGAACAUGAGAUCGAAGGCUCUCACCUUCCAGCUCUAACCAAGGAGGACUUUGCAGAGCUGGGAGUGACACGAGUUGGACACCGAAUGAACAUCGAAAGAGCACUUAAACUGCUUCUAGAGAGCUGACCCUAGCCCUGAGAAAUAGCUACAGAUGAAAAGACAUGAGGACUGAAUUAGUUAAAGAAAAACAAGCAAACAACUGAACCCCGCUCCUCCCAGCGUCUUUUGUUCAGUCUUACAAUGUUCACCUCUGGUUCAUUAUAACAUUUCCUGGUCUGCAUUUACACCCUGAAACUGGCAAUGCAAUGAAGAGAGGAGGCAAUACUCAUACAAUGAACAUUCCUCCUCUUUUGCUUCGCCCUUACUCACUUUGGGGUUCUCCCUUCUCACCUGCGACAGAUCAGACUAAACGUCCCAAAAUAAUAUCUGGACUUUUUCUUUUACUAAAGAGAAACACAUGAGCUUCAAUAAGAUCAUUUGAUUUGUGAAAAGUACAGUCGUUGCUUUAGUAACAUCGGUACUUUCUCACCGCACCCUCUCUACCUCUCUCCCCUCUCGUAUUAGGCCUAUGGAAGCCUUUGGCAGUAAAGGAGGAGGAGGAAGGAUUCUCGUCCCAAACAGAAAACUCAGUUGCCUUUUCAAAAAUAUUUCUACUGAAAUCAACUCCGAUGAACACAGUGCUAUGGAAAUAGUACUAACAGUUCUGAAAAUGUUGUGUCUUCUGAAUACCUGCUAUCAUUUUUAAACCGAAGACUUUUGAAUCCAGAGGCGGAGCUCCACAGGAGGAAAAAACCCCUCUGCCUUGGUACCAAGACUGUGCAAUCUAUAAUAUUUGGAGAAUGUUUAACCAACACUCGUGGCUUUUUUCAUAAUUAAUUUUCUGAUUUUCCAAAGGGAAUAUUAUAUAUAUUACUAUUAUAUGGCAUAAUAUAAUAUAUGUAUCUAAAUAUAGCUUUCAAAUGGAAAGACAAUGUUGCAAAGAAAAAAUGUAGUAAACGAAUCUGCAGCUGUUUUGGUUUUAGAUUAGAAAACAGAAAGAAGUCUUAAAAUCUAUUCCACCGAUAGUUUACUCAUUUCUACCAGUUAUAUAUACAUAUAUAAAUAUAUAUAUAUAUAUAUUUGAAAGAAAACAAAAUAUAAAUACAGAAAAAAUAAUUUUUUUAUCAUACAUAUAGAAUUUUCUGUAUGGUCACCCUUUUCUUGAAGCGUAGCAUGACAAGUUGCAUCAUGUCCUGGACAGUUUGUUGUGUGUUUUUAUUUUGUUUUACGGUCUUCCGUCAUACUAAAGGGCAUCCCAUAAUGUGAGCUUAAGACCCCAAGCUUAAACCCAUUCCUACUGUAUCCGUCUCAGAUCUUAGUGACACAUUGUCAUAGAGGGCUAAUGAGCCAUAAAACUGGAGGAAAUUUGUUUUUCCCUUCUGCAGUAAAUGGUGUUUUAUUCAUUUGAGGAUCUAAAUAACUAAUUUACAAAUCAAACAUGAUAUUUUAUAGCAGGCAUGGGCUGGAAGGAGAUUUUUCUUUCUCAUCAGAUACUGAAAUCUAAAUUUCAGCUUGUGAGAUUUAACACAAAGUUCCCCCAGAGGUGAACUUUUUUAAACAACCCUCUUCUUCAUCGGCCGACUCAGCUGAAAUGAUCUCCCUUGUAAUUGUAAAGUUUUGUAUCCAGUCAAAUCUUUUUACACACGCACAACCUACCUUUACUGACAAUUAUACUCUCAUCUCCAAUUUGCAAAGAGGAUGUAUUGAAAGUUCCUUAAAAUUUUUUUUGCUGUUCCCCUUUUUACCUACAUUUUUUUCUGAGCCACCAGUUUGAGAACCUUGAAACUUUUUAUUUCUGCCAUGUAUUGAUUCUUGUAUUUUGAUAUAUAGGCUUCAGCAAAACAACAUAAUUUACACCUUAUUAAAUAUAGGAAAAUAUUUAAUACACACAAUGAUUGUUUUGGUUCUUCCCAACUAAUAAUAUGCUGGAAUGGCCAAAUGUCUUUUUCUGGCAGCAACAGAUGGAGGAGGAGCAGUGUUGUAAGCAUAAGUGUUGAGACAAUAUGGCAGAACUUUUAGAAAACUUUUUUGUUCUUAUAGCCCUAAGCAGCCCAUGCCUUUAUAAAAACAUGUCUGCUGGUACAAUCUCUAAUGCUUUCUUUGGCCCGGAUGCAAAAACUCUUAAAGGUCUUAAAACAAUCAACAUAAAUAUCAGACAGCGGUAUAGUUCUUAUGGCAGUGGGGAUGGGAAAGCUUACAAAAGGUCUUAAAAAAACUUUUUUUACAGCCUGAAUGAGCAGCUGUAUUCCUUUUAGGUUUACCAGUGUCUUGGUGAAUAAAAUAUUAUCAGCCAGAACUAUGAAAGUAAACCCAGGCUGUAAAAAGAACAAAAAGAAAACCCUGAAUCUUUGAACAAUACAAAUCUGCAAUUGUACUCAUGAGCAGCUUCUGCUGGCAGUGAGAACCAGUGAGUUUUAUUCAUACUACAAAAAAAAAAAAAAAAAACAUUUUGGCAUUCUAGUUUUUUUUUUUUCUGACAGAAUGCCAAGAAAUAACACUGAAAACCUCUGCUCAUCAGAAGCAUUCAGCCAAGGCUCUUUGACUUGGCGAAAACUUGUGUCCAUCCUUUUUUUUUCUGUAUUCGUUCUGAAAAGCAGGUGGUGAAUAAAAUCAUGUAGGAGUUGUAGGAAUAGCACUCACUGCCUCACUGUGACCUCACUCUUAAUUUUCCUUUAAACUGCUGUUUUAAGUCCCUUUUGUUCUUGUGUUGCUGAUUUUUUUUUUUUUUUUACUUCUGCCACUGUGGGUAGAUUUUGUAGCGUGUGGAACAUGAUAUUUUAUUUAUAUGAAGUUAAGAGUGGUCGGGAAGAAGAAAAAAAAUCUGUCCAUUCUGGACAUACUUACACUUGUAAAAAAAAAAAAAAGAAGAACUUAAAUAUUUGCUUUUUUUUAAAUCACAAGCAAUGUAUAUAUAAUAGAUUUCAUAUAAAUUUUUGAAAAGUAUAUAGAUCUAUAUAUGAAUGUUUGGCAUAUAUGCAUAGUUAACCACCUGUGGAAAAGGUGAACAGAUUUUAUUCUUUCUAUGAACUCUUGAACUUUUGAACUCUGAACUAUGAACUAGGGGAUGAUUUGCACAAAAAUAAGGUGACAAGGUGCUAACAUAAAAGCCACCCAUCGUCCAAGCGCAUGAGUGCAUCUGGAUUCCCUGAAUCUCUCUGUGUGCUUGUUCCUCUUCACCGUGCGUGUGUGAAUGCG